AUGAAUGCAACGCCUCCAUGGCUGCGCGACGCUCUCCGUUUCGCUUUGACAGCGACUGCAUCCACAGAAACCCCGUGGCAUGCGCAUGAUUACGAUGCUUACAAGGCCGCGGACGGAGGUGACCUCGUAGACCCGGAUGACCCCGGAAAAGACCCCCGAUUUAGAAAAUUAGUGGAAGCGAUUCUGUAUGGUCGAAAGUUUGUCGCAACUUACAACUAUGUGCUGGUGGGUGUGUUGCUUGUCUUCACACUAUGGCACUGGAGCGAGAAGUUGGCCCUGCAUAUGAGGAAACGGAGUGCUGGCACGAGGAAGAAGGACGAUGAUACUAGCAGUGCUGAAGAGGCCUGGAGUAGCUCGAGUAGUACCAUCGAAGGAAGCUCUACGCCGCCGAAUACUGCCGCGAAAAAAGUAGACACCAACGAAUCGAGCCCUCUACUCCCUCCUGCCCAACGAGCAUCACGCAACGGACCGGGAAUCUGGCGACCGUAUUGUGAAGUCAAAGCUCUUCUGCAGUAUCAACCGCCUCGUAUACCCGUCAUCAACAAGACUCUCCCAACCAACGCUGUCUCGUUACUCGUCCUCGCUUGGCUCGGCCUGAUCAUCUUCUACAACUUCCACAACAUGUCGAUGACCUUUAUGUCCUUAUUCGUUUUUGCCGACCGAUGCGGCAUCAUCUUCAUCGCAAACCUACCACUGCUCUACAUCCUUGCUGCCAAGAACCAACCUAUCAAGAUGUUGACAGGCUACUCGUAUGAAAGCUUAAACAUCUUUCAUCGAAGAGUUGGAGAGAUCAUGUGUCUGGAAGCAUUUCUUCACUGCGUGGGCAUGUGGCUUGUGUGGUUUGGCUUGUUACGACACCUCGGAUUUACGCUGGCAAAAUUCCUGUUCAACCGCGUCGUACUGCUUGGUAUGGCAGCUUUCAUCGCGUACGAGUUGAUUUACUUUACGAGCUUGGGCAGCUUCCGGCAACGGUGGUAUGAGAUAUUCCUGGGGCUACAUAUUGUACUUCAGUUUGCCGGUCUCAUUUUCUUGUGGUUCCACCACCAUUCUUCGAGACCCUACGUCGGCAUCUCGAUGGCCAUCUUCCUCGUCGAUCGCCUGGUGUAUAGACUGUGGCUGAAAUCAAGCACACACCCCGCAACGCUUACUGUAUUAGAAGACGACGAGACGGUUCUGCUUUCUGCAAACUGGGAAGUCAAUGACCGCAAGAACCCUCUACUGCCGAAGAACAUGACACAAGGCUGGAAGCCCAACGACCACAUCUUCAUUUCUGUACCGUCGCUUUCCCGCAAGCACGGCAUACAAUCCCACCCAUUUACCAUAUUUUCUGCAGCACCCAAAACAACAGAAGAUGAGCAGGGGAAACAUGCAUGGCUCACUCUACUCAUCCGCCCCCAAUCCGAAUCGGGCUUCUCAUAUAAACUCCUCGAGCACGCACGCGAAACGACCCAAGCGCGCGUUCGCCUCGACGGUCCUUAUGGCUCUUCGCGGGCGCUUGAUCUUUUAGAAUCCUCCGAAACGGCUAUCCUCAUCGCAGGCGGUUCCGGCAUCGCUGUCGCGUACCCGCUUCUCUACGCACUUCUUUGCCCCGCGACUGCCGACCCUGAAUCCGCGUUGAGCAAGUCCGGGAGAAAAGUAAAGUUGUUGUGGAUCACACAUUCGCCGAACCACCGGCUCUGGAUCCCAGAAGACAAGCUCAAGGAGUUGGAAGACUGGGGCCUGGAUGUCGUCAUCUCGCCACCGACAGCAUUGGCGGGGAGGCCUGAUGCCGGGGCUUUUGUAGGGGAAUGGGUGAGUAUGGAGGACGGGCGGGCUGGCGUUGUAGUCAGUGGCCCGGAUGGUUUGGUAAGAGAUGUUAGAAACACGUGUGCGGGUUUGAUGCGCAAGGGGCGCGAUGUUGAUAUACAAGUUGAGAAGUUUGGGUGGUAG